AUGGCCGUCCGCUUGCAGCUCUUCGUAGCCCUCUCGUCGCCACAUCGUCAAUCCCUGGACCGAUACCGGCCUGCGGUCACCGAAUCCGCUGUGCAAGGUGCCGACAUUAGUGCGUGCGGACGGCACCGCCCUCUACGACUCCCGUGUCAUCGCCGAGUAUCUCGAGACCCUCUCCGCCCGCCGCUGGCCGCACGUGAGCCCGGGAGCAGCGAUGACGGAAUCUUCGUCUCUGCUGCCAGGCGUCUCUAUGCCGCUGAGCGGGAUCCGAGGGGUCUCGAUGCGUUGCAGGCCCAGCGGGAGCGGUUGAGCGCUGCUGUGUCCGCCACCAUGGACGUCCUCGAGAACGAGACGCUCAGCGUUGAGCAGUGGCAGCUAGGAGACAUGUGUGCUGCCAUCCUGCCAGGCUAUUGCGAGUUCCGCUUCCCUGACCGCGAUUGGAGAGAGGGUAGGCCCAACCUUCCCAAAUUCGUCAAGAGGACGGAGAGCCUAGCAGUAUUCCGGGAAAACCCUCAUCAAGGAUAG